UUUCCCUUGUAAAAAAACGAGAAAGAAUAGAUGCAUUGGUUUUGUCUGUUUCUGUGGUGGAUCUGAGUAGUUACAUAAAAGAAAUUGGUUAGGUUGAUUUUGUUUUUUGGCUGGAAGAUGGAUUCUAACGAUUUUCGAUCCAUAUUGGAGAGCGCGGGCAUCGACAUUUGGAUGUUGAUGGAUGUCGCCAUCGCAGUGGCGUCUGCUGACCACAGUGAUGAAUUGAGGCGUCGAAGAGACGGAAUCGUUGAGCGCCUCUACGCGACGAGUUUCUUGUCAUCGUCGCGGUGUCCAAAUUGUAACAUCGACGACGUUAGAGAAACCGAGAUGCAAAGCAAUCCCUCCGCGGAGGAGGAAAAGGAUACUUGCGAAGUUUUAUUUGACGAUGAACAAAAGAAGAUUCUAGAGAUUAAAGAGCAACUUGAAGAUCCUCACCAGUCCAAAGAUUCGUUGUUGGAGUUGUUGCAGAAUCUAGCAGACAUGGAUAUUACAUUCCGAGCCUUACAAGAGACUGAUAUUGGGAGGCAUGUGAAUCGGUUGCGGAAGCAUUCGUCUAAUGACGUUAAGAAAUUGGUGAAGUUGCUAGUCAGGAAAUGGAAGGAGAUUAUAGAUGAGUGGGUGAAGUUGAAGACGCCAGGAGAAGCGAGUACUACUGUCAUGGCUGACGAGGACUCGCCACAAGAUAAAAUCCAACAAAAUGAACAUCGUCAGAUUCCUGAUUUUGCAGACUCGCCAAAUCUACACAAUGAAAGUUUUGGGUCAGAGCACAACAACAUUGAAACACAACAACGAAAACCAAAAGCAAUUCCUCACAAAGAAUCUCCCCUAAAACCAUCGGCAUCAAGACAAAGGGAGAGCAAUUUUGAGUUGGAUAAACUUGCUUCAGCGAGAAAGCGACUCCAAGAGAACUACAAAGAGGUUGCAAAUGCCAAAAAGCAAAGAACGAUCCAGGUGAUGGAUCUCCAUGAGUUGCCAAAACCCAAGAAUGCCUACUUCGGAAAAGGCAAAGGUGGCACCAGUCAGGGAAGACACUGGUGACUACGUGCCCAGUUGCGUUUGAAAAGGCUUUUAGUGGACAAUUAUUAUAUGUAAUGCUGGUUAGGUGCGGAGCACAUGAUGCUUUUAGCUUCUGAAUGAAGAGGAGGGAGCUGGUUUAUUUAUUUAUGUAUUUAUUUAAACCCUUUGUCUUUUGUGUUGGAGCCUUAUGUAACUGUUUGCUUCGGUGUUUUUUAUUUCUCUUAUCUUAAUUCAGCAUUCAACAAUUCUAGCCAGCCGAAUUCAAGAGUUGAAUAUUUUCCACAAACAUUAUUGUAGCUAUAACUUACAACAUUAAUUGU